AUUCACUUCACUCACAUGGACAGGCCCUAGGAUUCACUAGAACCGACCAAAUUUUCUAGCAUUCCAUAUUGUCCUUCCUCUUCGAUAAAACUUUGGGAAUGUAUCACCAUUGCAAUCUAGGCGGAUGUACUGUAUUUGCGAUUUUUCGUCAGCACACUCUUAAUCUAGGAUUUAUCCCCUUGGUUUAAGUCUGCCAUCACCUUCUGGGGUUUUCCGAGCUUCUGUCAAUGAACUCUCAGGUCCGACCAGUGAUUCAUGAAGUCGCUCUCGUUAUCUGCGGAGGUUUCCGAUAAUAAAAGAGAAAGAACGCUUCCAAUUCCUGUUGACACUUCCUCUGGCCUAGGAAAAAAAUCUCUUGCCGGUCUUUACAAUGCCUGCUACCCUUCAGAGUCCCGGAGAACAUGACCCAUUGGAUAACACUAUGGGUUCGAUGCUAAUAGGCGUCAUCUUCAGCGCAAUUCUCUUUGGGAUAUCUGUUGUUCAGACCUUAUACUAUUAUAGCCAGUAUCCCAAAGACGCAUGGUAUCUCAAGUCAUUGGUGGCGGCAACCAUUUUUUUCGAUUUAAUACACAUGUUGUUCAUUUCCCACACAAUAUACCACUAUUUGAUAACAGGUUAUUACGACCAGACUGUCCUUACUCGCAUAGUGUGGAGCGUUAUUGUGGAGGCCAUUCCAACUGGCGUCACAGGAUCUCUGGUUCAAUGUUUUUACACCGUUCGCGUGUGGCGUCUCAGCAGGAAAAGUGUUCUUUUGACGGGCACAAUUUUGGUCUUGAUAAUAGCUGACUCGAUAUGCGGCACUGUAUGGGUAGUGUUGGCGUUACUGAGACACACAUACACCGAUCUCCUUCAUAUUUCGCCUCUCACUAUAUCAAUUAAUGGCAUUUCCGCCGCCGCAGAUGUCCUUAUUUCGGCAAGUCUCUGCAUAAUUCUUCAACGGUCAAAGACGGGAUUUCGAACAUCUGAUACAAUGAUCACGAAACUAAUCUUCUUCUUUGUGAACACUGGACUUCUGACGAGCCUCUGUGCAGUAGGCGCAUUACUAUCACUCGCAAUAUCUUCGCAUACGCUUAUCUACGCGUCGUGGUAUUUCUGCAUUGGACGGCUGUACGCCAACUCACUCCUAGCGUCCUUGAAUGGGCGAAACACGAUUCGUGGACAAACAGAAGACAUUGAUCAUAUGCUUCUUUCUAUACCAAGUGCUGUCCUCUCUCCAAGUAGUAAUCCGGGGUCGAAUGGCCAUAGACCCAACGUUUCCAUCAGGGUUGAAACUUCGACACGGAAGGACGUUGAAGCAGAUGAUUCCAGGCAAGACGAUGAUUCACUCGUCAACACGCUGGCUAAUCCGUCGAAGUCGUCUUUGUGAUACUGUCAGUGGUAACCCGUCACUUCGUCGUCACGCCAGGUCAGAAUUCGAGUCACCCUACUAUUACUGUCUACUUGCAAGCAGAGUGUUCAUGUGAAAUGGACAUCAGAGAUAUGGUUCUGCUUCAUGAACGUAUGUGGA